AAUUGCUUACGAAUUUUCAACAGUUCUGACUGUAAGAAUUCUAAAUAUUUCAAAAAACUCAAACAAAGUAGUAAGAAUUGUCUACUACUCUAUUUCAUCUAUUUCCUCACUUAUCGUUAUGUUUAUUAUUGUUUACUAUAACCAAUUUAACUUGCAUGUUUUCCCUGGGUUCAGAAUUUGUCAUUAAAUCUUUUAUUGCUGUACUUUUUUUGAAGCUUAGAAUAUUUCCAUUUCAUAAC